CAGUCCUCUGUUUGGGGAAGCGGGGCUGGUGAAGUGUGGCGGACAUGGGGCAGGUUGGAAUUCGCUGAGGGUGUGUGGAGGCGGGGAACAGAGAACAGCGAAAAACACCUUACAGCUCAGAGCCAGAGAGUGAAAGAAGAGGUUUUCCUAUGGCGUGUGAUUGACCAGUCCAGUCUCAUUGGCUUUGGUUGUGCAAGUGAUAGAGAGAAGGGGAAUAUUAAAUAUGGCUGGAAAGUGUCUGCAGUUGUGCGUAUUUGUAAUCUGCGCGAUUCAAACGAGCACUGGGUUUAACAUUGACGUGCAGUUCCCGGUCAUCAAAGAAGGAAAAACCAAGGGCAGUUUAUUUGGAUUUUCUGUUGCAUUGCACAAACAGACCGAAAAGACAAAGAAGAACUUCCUCUUAGCCGGAGCGCCCCAAGAAAAAGCCCAGCCCCAACUCAGCAAAUUCAAUAUUAAUGAAACCGGAGCCGUGUAUUACUGUCCCAUCAGUAUCGAGCAGGAUGACUGCAGGAGGAUGGACCUCAUCAGUCCACCGCAGUCAUCAGAGAUGGUGGAGGGCAUGUGGCUGGGAGUGACCGUGGCCAGUCAGAGGAAUGGAGGACAUGUGCUGGCAUGUGGUCAUCGCUAUGUAAAAAAACUGCUGGGCGCCGAAGAGCAUCAGCGUAUGGUGGGCAAAUGUUACGUGCGGGGCAACGACCUGACCUAUGACCCGACUGAUUACUGGCAGUCUGACACUUACGAGCUCUGUGACUUCAACUAUGACCAGAACCUGGAGGGCAUGUGUAACAUGGGCAUCUCAGGGGGCAUGACGGAGAAUGACGUGUACUUUGGGACGCCUGGCAGCUUUGUGUGGCAGGGAACCGUCCAUAUGAAAGAGAGAGACCCCAACUUUGAUUUUGCCGGAGAUGCAAAUGAAAUAAGCUUCGGUAAGCUAGGCGAGGACAAACUCAACAUCUACAUAGGUUACUCUGUGCUGGAGGACAUUAAGUUACUGGAUCGUUCUAAGUACACUGUGGUGACGGGGGCUCCCAGAGACAAUUUCAGAGGUUCAGUGAUCCUGGCAGAAAAACAAGGUUUGGUUCUUAACCCAGUGAUGACCAUCCCAGGGGAACAAAUAGGGUCAUACUUUGGCAGCUGCUUGGCGGUGACCGACCUCAACAAUGACGACUGGAACGACCUGAUCGUUGGAGCUCCAUUCUACUUUGAUCGCAACAAGGAGGAGGGAGGAGCUGUUUACAUCUUCAUGAACGAGAACGGAUCCUUCCAGAAAAAAGCCAGCUUGGUUCUGAAGGGUAAAAAAGGCUCAGGGUUUGGAUUUGCUGUUGCUGCGGUGGGGGACAUCAAUCAGGAUGGAUUUCAAGAUUUAGCUGUUGGCGCUCCGUUCCAAGACUCUGGGAAAGUCUUUUUAUGGAUGGGGAGCAAAAAUGGAAUAACUAAGGAGCCCAGCCAGGUGAUUGAGGGGAAAUCAUUAGGUCCCAGUGGCUUUCAGACAUUCGGCUACUCUCUCAGUGGAGGGAUGGAUAUGGAUGGAAAUGAUUAUCCUGAUAUUUUGGUGGGCUCCAUGGAUGACCGCAUCGCUCUCUUGAGGGCUCGUCCGGUCAUCCACCUCUCCCAAAACUUAACAGUAGAGCCAAAGAUUGUGAUUCCAAACCAGUGUGUUAAUUCCUGCAUAAAGGUGAAAGUGUGUUUCAGCUACAAUCUCAGCACUGGAAACACAGCCUUCAAGAAGGACAUCACUGUGAAGUACACAGUAGAUGCUGACCCGAAUCGCCGUGGCGCCCGAGUUCGUUUCCUGGACAACAAGCAAAGCACAUUUACAGGCCUGCUGUCUUUCUCCACUCCCGCAUGUCAAGAGCUGGAACUUUCUGUUCAUACUCCUGUGAGGGACAAACUUCAGCCCAUAGUGUUCACUCUCAAUGUUUCUCUGAACGAGCAGAAAGCAGCAGCACAGCAAACACUGCAGAGUCUGGACGCUUUCCCUGUGCUGAGCGGCCAGCAGACCCUGACCAGCAAAACUGAGAUUAACUUUCAUAAGGAGUGUGGUGUUGACAACACGUGUAGCAGUAACCUGCAGCUCAAGGCCAAAUUUGCUGAUGAGAAUUACAUUCCCUUCCCCAGUCAGACUAUGGAGUUCAACAGUAACAUUAAGAAGCUGGUGAUGAUGGUGAAUGUUACUAACAUGCCGGAUGGAGGUAAGCAGGAGGCCGAGGACGCCCAUCAGGCCACGCUGAGCAUCACCAUUCCGCCCUCACUCAAAUACUCAGGAGUGCGCCCUCUGACUGGUUUAGGUAUUGAGUGCAGCGCAGACGAGACUGUGAUAUGCGAUCUGGGAAACCCAUUUAAAAGCAAUCACAAGACCUCCUUGAUAAUCAUCUUUGAGACUUCUGGUGUUACACUUUACACAAAGCAGAUUGAAUCGCAGCUUCAGCUCUCCACUAUCAGUGAGCAGAAGGAUCUGGAUCCUGUUUCUGUCACUCUUAACGUGAAGAACACGGUCCUUACUACCUUCUCCCUAGAAAAACAAGUGAUUGACACGACGUUCAGUGGCAGUGUGAUUGGUGAAUCUGCCAUGAACAGCAUCAGUGAUGUGGGGAGUCCGCUGGAGUUUGUGUUUCGUGUGCACAUGCAAGGAGAACCUCUGGGAGAUCUGGGAACUCUGAUGAUUGACUUUGAAUGGCCAUAUGAGGUAGCCAAUGGGAAAUGGCUGCUGUAUCUCACAGAGAUAGUGAUCAAAGGAGCUUUAGAGUUGCACUGCGUCCCACCGGGGAAGAUUGUCAACCCUCUCAACCUCACACUGUCAGAUCGAGGUACCAAACGGUCUAAAAGAGCGGUGGAAUCCGGAUAUCCCCAGGCAGAAGCUUCUGUCACUGUCCUGGCACCUCGUAAAGUGCCCCAUUUUCUGGAGUGUUCAAAGAUGACGGCUCGCUGUGUGACCUUCUCCUGCCCGCUGCACAACAUGUCGACUCAGACAGAGAUCAGAGUCCGGUCACGCGUGUGGAACAGCACCUUGCUGGAGGAUUACGCCAAUGCCCUGCGAGUGGAAGUGAAGGGCCAGGCCACGCUGAGACUGCUGACGGAUAAACCGGCCAUCAGGAUGGACAACCAGACCAGAGAGUUUUCAGUAAACAUUGACCCGGUGCUGGGAGAGGAGACGCCGUAUGAAGUUCCUCUCUGGAUCAUCAUUGUUUCCGCGGUUGCAGGGAUUCUGUUAUUAGGCAUCAUCAGUCUCAUCCUGUGGAAGUGCGGUUUCUUCCGACGGGCAAGCAGGAGGGAGAUGUAUGAGGCCAAAUCCCAGAAAGCAGAAAUAAAGAUCCAGCCCUCUGAGACAGAGAGGCUGACGGAGGAAUUCUGAGUCUGCAGGGGCCCUCAGGCCCCUAUGGCAGCACCAUUAGGGCCCUUCGUGUGGUUUCUUCAAAAGGGCUGUUUACUACAGGAUAAUGCCAAAGUACCACGGUGUGAAAGUACGCAAAGAGGAGCGCUAUAACUUGGCCUUUCAGCCUGAGCAAGAAACUCUGGGUCAUCAACUGGACAGAAAUGCAUGAAUAUUACUACUGACCUCUUCACCUCUCUCCGUCCAGAGCCAGGGGAGUGUGAUGAUUGGAGGAUGUCUUUUAUUAACCCCGCCUCAAGUCAACAGACACUGGACACUAGCGUUUGGAGCCGCCACUCGUGCAGUGAGAACGUUUUGAAAUGUUUGUUGGUCUGAGUGCAAUAUCGUGAUUUGUAGACCAUUAAACCGCUUUCAACAAAGCAAGAGUACUGUCUGGGACAUCUUUGACUUAGUAGAGCAACUGAUAUAUUUUCCUAGUUUUAAAUUUUCAUGAAUAUGUAAAUACAUUUCAGUUUCAAGUGUGUUUAAUUGCAUUUUAAAUUUUAUUCCAUUAAAAUAUUUUUUUUAAUAUCACUAUAAUAGUUUACCUGCCAAAGCCUUGAGGCUUUUUACUUAUACUGAACUGAUCUGAGACCAGUUCUGAUCAAAUAGCACUGAGGAAAUAGACUUGAUUUCCAAGUUCCAGUUGCAUUUUCAGGGAUGCUUAUUUUUUAACACGGUGUAAGAACUGCUCCAUUUUUUUUUUCAGCUACUUCCUUCCAUGGAGGAAGACUACAGUGUUUAAGUCUGUAAAUUGUUUGCCCAAACCACCACAUUCCUGUCAGAAUUAGUUGGGUAAAAUCUCUAGAAGUUGGGUCAAUCUCAAAUGAAAAAAAUAUAUAAAUAAAAUGUUUAAUUCAAAAAGCUUAAUUCAAUUUAGCACAUUUUUUUUCAUUGUGAGGCAAUUUUUAUAACAAUUAAGCACAAUGAAAUUCUUAUUACUGCAAUGCAAUGUAAAAAAAAACAACAACAAAA